AUGGAGGCAACCGGCGAUAAUGCUGUGGAGGGGACUCCAGCAUCAGAUUCCAUGCCAAUUGACAAGACUACAGUAACAGAUUCCAUUCCUGUCCAGGGAACUCCUCAGACCGAUGUUGUCACUGUUCCGGAAACCCCACCGUCAGAUUCUAUUCCUAUCGAGGGAACUCCCCAGAACGAUACUGUUCCUAAGCCUGGUGAAGCCGAAAUCCAACUAGAGGCCCCCCAUGGGUCAAAUCCUGAGCAGCAGCGAGAAACUGCCGAGAAAACACCCGAUACAAAUGAUGAAGAGCUUUUUGUCACCCAGGGCCCUCCUCAGAAACGAAUUCGCCGCAGUCCGCAUUUGACCAACGCCGAGAUUCGUGAGAGUGUCAAGAUCGGUCUAGAUGAUAGCGGUGUCGGAAGAAUACCCAAAGCAAGUCUACCGGUGGCCUCCUUGAGACCCAAUGUCAAUACCAGCAAUAAGGGCAAAGGUCGGAAAAAGUCGAAAGCCAAUGAUGUUGAUGUUUCGACUCUGGGGGGCUCUGAUAUCAUUGCGGAUGUCCAGACAAAUUUUGGACAACCUCCUAUCCCGACAUCAGCUCAAGGAAACAAACAGAGUAAUCUGAAUGAGCUCGUUGAAAGUCUACCACCAGAGGCUCGAAGUGCCGCCACACCUGACAAAAAACUUAUCAUUGAUGCUACGAAGAAAUUUACCAAGGCACCCAGAGUUGACAAGAAGGGGGGCUGGAAACACGCCAACCUCAAAACGAGUCUUUUUCACCAUCAGGUUCUGGGUGCAGGGUUUAUGCGUGAGAGAGAGAAGUCAAAGGACCAGCCGAAAGGCGGUAUGCUCUGUGAUGUUAUGGGCUUGGGAAAGACGAUCCAGACACUCGCCAACAUUGUUGAUGGUGCAGACGAGAAACUAGAGGAUAAUGUAAACACGACAUUGAUUGUGGCCCCCCGAGGCUUAAUCACUCAGUGGAAAAUGCAAAUCGAGAAGCACGUCCAGAACAAUGUCUUAGUACCGAUUCUUUGUCAUUAUGCCGGUUCUAGGAACAAUUCAAGCGAUAUCGAGCUCUUCUUGCAGAGCAAGAUAAUCCUCACGAGUUAUGACGAGAUUCGAAUUUCUUAUCCCAAAAUGAAGGAAAAGCCGGAGAAUUUGUCGCCUGAAGAACUGCUUCGUUGGGGAGUGAGGAAUUUCAUGAACUCGGCUGGACCACUACAUCAAUUUCGCUUUCGACGCAUCAUCCUCGAUGAGGGGCAGCAGAUACGUAAUCCAGAGUCGCAGACGUCAAUUGCAGUCCGGGCACUUCAUGGACAUUACAAGUGGAUCCUGACUGGUACUCCUCUGCUCAAUCAUAGUGCUGAGUUCUGGGCUUAUUUCAAGUUCCUGGGGGUUCCCAAUAUUGGACGCUUUUCAAGUUUCGUUACAAACUUUUGUAAUGGAAGCGACUUAUCCAAUCAACGCCUGGUGAACAUCGUCCAGAAAGUCGUCUACAGACGUACAUAUCGCUCCCGGCUCUUUUCCUGCCCUAUCAUUACCCUCCCAAAUCUGAACGAGGAGACCAUACUCGUAAACCCAUUCGUAAUUGAACAAGCUCUUUACAAAAUGCUUGUCACUUCCUUCAUCGACCAACUGAAUCGCUUGGCAAACCAGCAAGACGAACAAAGUAGAUGUUUCCUUACUAUGCUCCUCAAACUGCGCAUGCUCAAUAGUCAUAUACUUUGUGUCCAAGACAGAUUGAAGGGGAUAUUGAGUGACGGAAAAAAUAUGGCAAAGCUGCAAAUCGCCGUUGCAGAUUGCAGUGACGAUGAGGCCAAUAUCAAUCGUGACAUUUACGUGCUUCUUGAAGAGCUGGUGAAGGCCACGAAACAAGCGAAGGAGUCCCAAAAGUCCCAAGAGAGGAUGACUUCGGUUGAGAGCAUGCUGGAGAACUUUCUUGCUACAGCGGACAAUCCACACAAUGAUAGCAUGGACUGGAUGGCGGACGCAGGCCAUGACAUGCCUAGUUCAAAGGUUUUGAAGACACGCGAUACGAUUCGGAAGUGGUUCAAGGAUGGCUCUGCUACCAAGUGUGUGAUUUUCACCCAGUUCCGUGACAUGACAAAGAUAUUCGCAAACAUGUGCACGAAAGAGAAAUGGGCCUUUACAAGGCUAACCGGAGACAUGACCAUCGACGACCGCGACCGGAGUCUCAAGGAUUUCCAGGCAUUACCCGAAAUCAAAAUCCUGAUCGCCUCUCUCAAAGCCGGCGGUGUCGGUCUAGAUAUCACUGCCGCCAACAAGUGUAUCUUGGUUGAGCCCUGGUGGAAUGACGCCAUCCAGCAACAGGCCUUUUGCCGUUUGUUCCGCAUCGGGCAGGAACGCGACGUUGAGAUUGUGAAAUUGGUCGCUAAGAACACAAUUGAUGAUUACAUGAUGAAAUUGCAAGAGAUGAAGCUCAAGGAGAUUGAGGGUGCGAUUGGCGACGCUAGGCUGCCCUCAGUUGGAAUUCAGGCACAGUUGAUCCAUCAUUUUGGUGAUGCUGAACGAUUGCCCGAUGGAACAUUUAUGAUACGUGAAUGGGGUCACAAGUGA